AUGGACAUUUGGUUUAAGCAAUACAGUUCUGGUUUUUUUAUUGUGAUUCGUUUUGAGAGAUUACAAAAGUCAUGGGGUAAUUAUUGGGACAUGAAGUUGAUAAGUAAUGCUCAGGCUGAUUUUCGGAGAUGCAAAUGGGUAAAUUAUGGAAGUUUUGGUGCGAUGGUAGGGGAUGUUUUAGUCAUGCUCAAGCUGAUUUUCUGCAAUGCAAAUGGAUGGAUUGUGGAAGUUUGGUGCGAGUAUUAUCGAUUUGGAGUUGGUAAGCAAUGGGAUGUUUUGUGUUAUUUAGUCAUGCGCAAGCUGAUUUUGAGCAGUGCAAAUGGAUAG